GAGAACUGCCGUCAGGGAUGUUGGCCAGGCUAGCCAGGUGCUGACUCUUCAAUGAUAAAAUAGAUAAUCCACGCAGAGACUGGCGCGCCCCUGGAGGGGCGGGGGGGCCAAAGGCAGUGCCGCCCCCCGCCUCCUAAACCGAACGUAGGCCCCUGUCCGGAUCCGUGCGGCCCAGGCUUGGACUCUCGACUCGCAGCCAGCGGAGGCACGCCCCCGGGUGCUGAUCGCCUGGGCCAGCGCCGGCCUGCUCUCCCGACCCAUAUCCCCCAACUAGGGGAAAGGCGCGGGCGCCUCACGCAGCCUCUCUGCAGCUUUCAAGCCUCGUCGGUACCUUCCUCGCUACCACCCUUGCCUCCGCGCAGCCCGGAGCCAUCCGGCUGGAUGGCGCGUAGGUCCGAGCCCCCCGACGGAGGCUGGGGAUGGAUGGUGGUGCUCUCAGCGUUCUUCCAGUCGGCGCUGGUGUUCGGGGUGCUCCGCUCCUUCGGUGUCUUCUUCGUGGAGUUUGUGGCGGCGUUUGAGGAGCAGGCAGCACGCGUCUCCUGGAUCGCCUCCAUAGGAAUCGCGGUGCAGCAGUUUGGGAGUGAGUCCUGCCCCUUGGUCCGGCGUCCUGCGACCCUCAGAAGGGGAGAGGGGAUGUGGGGACAGCAAAGGGGAAGCUGGGGUUGGGGGGAUGCUGGAGAGGGACACCUGAGAUCUUGCAGAACCCCAUCCUCUUCCCCAGGCCCCGUGGGCAGUGCCCUGAGCACGAAGUUCGGGCCCAGGCCGGUGGUGAUGGCUGGGGGCAUCUUGGCUGCGUUGGGCAUGCUGCUCGCCUCCUUUGCUACCUCCUUGACCCACCUCUACCUGAGUAUUGGGCUGCUCUCAGGCUCUGGCUGGGCCUUGACCUUCACUCCGACCCUGGCCUGCCUGUCCCGUUACUUCUCUCGCCGGCGAUCCCUGGCCACAGGGCUGGCACUGACGGGUGUGGGCCUGUCCUCCUUUGCCUUUGCCCCACUCUUCCAAUGGCUGCUCAGCCACUAUGCAUGGCGGGGAGCCCUACUGCUGGUGUCUGCCCUCUCCCUCCACUUGGUGGCCUGUGGUGCUCUCCUCCGCCCACUCUUCCUGACUGAAGACCCUGCCGUGGGUGGCCCUGGGGCCCAGCUUGCCUCCCUUCUCCGUCAUGGCCCCUUCCUCCGUUACACUGUUGCCCUCACCCUGAUCAACACUGGCUUCUUCAUUCCCUAUGUGCACCUGGUGGCCCAUCUCCAGGAUCUAAAUUGGGACCCAUUGCCUGCUGCCUUCCUACUCUCAGUGGCUGCUAUUUCUGACCUCGUGGGGCGUGUGGCCUCUGGGUGGCUAGGGGAUGCAGUCCCAGGGCCUGUGGCACGACUCCUGAUGCUCUGGACCACCCUGACUGGGGUGUCACUGGCCCUGUUCCCCGUGGCUCAGGCUCCCACAGCCUUAGUGGCUCUGACCGUGGCCUAUGGCUUCACAUCAGGGGCCCUGACUCCAGUGGCCUUCUCCGUGCUGCCUGAACUGGUGGGGACUGGAAGGAUAUACUGUGGCCUGGGACUGUUGCAGAUGGUAGAGAGCAUUGGAGGGCUGUUGGGGGCUCCUCUGUCAGGCUACCUCCGGGAUGUGACAGGCAACUACACAGCUUCUUUUGUGGUGGCCGGGGUCUUCCUUCUGGCAGGGAGUGGAGUUCUCAUCACUCUGCCCCACUUCUUCUGCUUCUCAGCUCCUACCUUAAAACCCCAGGACCUUGUAACAGAGGCACUGGAUACCAAAGUCACCCUGCCCAAGGAGGGGCUGGGAGAGGACUGAACUCCAAAAGGGCACUGUCAGACCCAGAAAGCCAGAGGUUGGCAGCUCCAGGUCUCCUUGGCAUGCACAGAACCACAGUGCCUUAAACAUCUUGAUCUGCCUCCCCCCAGAGCACGCCUGGGGCUCCUGCAAUGUGUGUGCCAACUCUUUGUAUUAUGUUGAGGACUCUCAUCUCUUCUUUGCUCCCAGAACCUUUUCUGAGGGAUCCAGGAUUUUAGCCUGCUCCACUGAGCUGUGAAACAACUGUGAAAAUCAAAGGCCAAGAGACUUA